UCACUCUCUAUUUAUUCCUACUGUGACUACCAUAAAUUAUUACUUGUAAACAUCACUUGCUCUGUUUCUCCUUCACCAACACCAUCACCACCACCCAUUCACUUGGCCUUCCCUGUCACUGCUGCUGCUCGCUUCAGUGUCUUGAUACCGACCUUCAACCUUAAUAUCUUGAGACACCCCAAUCUCCUCCUCCUUUCUCGGCUUCAUAUACAAAAUAGGAGCGCAGAGAGCAAAUCAACAACGGCUCGUUCUUGAUCCUGCCUCGGGCUUUUCAGCAAAUAUAGAGGAGAGUAACACUCGCGUGUCUACACAACAAAGAUGGGUUCUCGACUCGUCUCCGUCACGGCUGUUUUGGCUUUUGCGGCCUCUGCUGCUGCCCAGAUCACCAGUGCCUGUAACCCCCUCAAGGAGGGUGUGAAUGCCUGCCCUGUCGACCCUGCUUUUGGCUCCCAGCAGGUCACCGUCGACUUCACACAGGGUGCAAGUGACGUCUUCACCGAGGCCUCGGGCUCCGGCGUCACAUACGGCUCACAAGGCGCCGUGUUCUCCAUUUCUUCAGCAGGCCAGGCCCCGUCUUUCACCUCAAACAACUACCUCUUCUUCGGCACUGUCGAUGUGACCAUACAGGUGGCUGCAGGCCAAGGCAUAGUCACCACAUUCUUCCUGGAGAGUGACGACCAGGACGAGAUUGACUGGGAGUGGCUCGGAGGCUCAGACAAGAACUCGUUCGGCCAGAGCAACUACUUCUCCAGCCACGACAUGGCAUACGGCGUGAACGAGGUCGACCUCAGCGUGGCCAGCCCCCAGACCGAAACCCACACCUACACCAUCGACUGGUCCCCGACAGCGCUGGUCUGGAAGGUUGACGGUACUGCCCUCCGAACCUUGACCUAUGCCGGCAACGAGGACGUCUACCCACAGACCCCGAUGCAGGUCAAGCUUGGCACCUGGUGCGGAGGCUGUUCCAGCGCCGAGGGCACUGUUGAGUGGGCCGGCGGCAAGCCAGACUGGUCCCAGGCGCCCUUUGUUGCAUACUACAAGACCGUUGUGAUCCAGGACUCGUCCAACGGCGUCGCUGACGCCCAGCACCGGCAGCAAUGGUGA